CUUGGAUCAGUUUCGGUUCCGACAAGCGUCGCGAAGGAAUGUCGUGGUUGGCUCGUGGCCGCUGCUGUUGUUCGUCGUCGUCCGUUGCCUCGAAUCAUUCGAACGGAUCCCAUGGACGGCAAAUUUUGGUUGCCCCCGGUGGACAAUCCGUGCUGCCGUGUGACGUCGUCGUGAAUAUGGUGAAAAAUUAGUGGUUAGGCAAAAAGAAAUGCCCACGAGAGAUGUUGUUGGGAAGUUUGUGAGUUUGUAUUUUUUGUUUUGCGAGUGAGUGGGCCCCGUUUGGCAAUCACAGUGGGACGAAACUGGCCACUGGAAAAUCGAUAUUGCUCCGCUUGAUGCGGUUAGUGCACCGUUGUUGCUUUUAUUUGGCCAACAGCGAAGAUUGUUAUUUAUGAACGGAAGAAGGUGGUAUAUAUAUUAUAAUUUUUUUUUCAUGAGUGAAAUGGGUUUCUUCCCCUCGAGGGUGGCAGACGGCAGGUGGCGGAACCGGAAGACCACCACAAAGAGUCUGAGGCGGAACAAAGUGAAAACGACCUUCGGAUAUGAAUUGUGGCAAAAAAUUUGAAACUCUUCGACAACGUCUUCGUCACGGAAAAAUCCAAGCAAGCCAGGAAAAAGUGGACGGAAAUAACAACGACUAAGCGUGUUUUUAGCAUCGUAGCAAGCGAACAACAAAAAAGCACGAGGUACAAUCAUUUCAAUAUAGAGGAUUAAAUCCUUACUCAGCAGAAUUCCAUCAACGUGUUUUACCGUGAAACGGAUUAUCAUUUUUGCCAGCUGCAUCACCAACAGUGCCAUUGCCAAAGGGAUCUCUCGCUAGGAGAGUAAGAAAAAGCGAUGAUGAAGCUUUAAUUUCCGUGUCACCAACCACCGUGGCUGUUUUGGGAUGUGGUGAACCAGCUAAAGUCAGUGCUGCACUAGCAGAAUGUUGGUGACCUCUAAUCAGAUUUCAGCUUAAGUGAAGCGGAAACGUGCUCGAGUGUUACGCAAAAUGCAUGAAGGCGGCAGCCAUGUAUGUGAUAUAAGUUAAGCUCAGCAGCUAACUAACUGCGACUGAUGGGUGGUGGAAUUUAGAUCCGGAACGACGCUCCAAUCUCAGUAGGCUAGGCAGGCAAAUCGACGACUGCCUUCAACCAUCGCAUAGGGCUAAGGUUACUGAAGCCUACUUUUGUUGGGAUUAAAGCUUUAAGCUAAACGACGUCGUUGAUCCAGAAAGCGAAGCGCAAAUAUGGGAAGCAACGCCAAAACAACUCGCGUGACUGAACAAACCGGGCUAAUUUAGUGGGUGGUGCUGAAGAGAGAGAAUAUUAUAAAAAAAACCAAACAAACGAAAAGUAAGACAACGAAAAACUAGUAGCACAUUAGCAAUUGUUCAAGUUUGCCAAAGGUGGUAAAAAAGUGUACAAGUUGGGCCAUAAAAAAAAGAAGUAGCUACCCGAAAGGGCAGUUCACGACGGAUUGCACAACUCUCGGCCCCGAAGUAAAGAAGAGCUCCAGGACCUGCACUUCCUCCACAGUCUGAUCCCCCCGUUCUUCGUUCGGCUAAGCUAAGCUGAACGAACAACGGAUCGGAACGGAACGAUACGGAAAUGGAAUUCAUGCAAAGGAAUAUAAUCAUAUCGCUUUUGAUCUUCGUCUUCGGACUGGCAAAAGAUAUCUGCUUCUGCUUGCUCCUGACGGAAAUCCGAAUACCGAACCACGUGGCCAAAAACACAACGGUGGAACUGGACUGCUUCUACGAUCUGAACGGCGAGGCGCUCUACUCAGUCAAAUGGUACAAGGAUGGUAACGAGUUUUACCGAUACGUUCCUAGGGAUAAUCCACCGGCUCAAAUUUUCCUGCUGACCGGGGUGUCAGUUUAUCUCCAAAAUUCGACUGCAAAUAGGAUAGUGCUAAACAAUGUCACACUGGCCACAUCGGGACGCUAUCGCUGCGAAGUGUCCGCCGAGGCGCCUUCCUUCCAAACCGUGUCCAGCCAUGGCGAUAUGGUUGUCGUUG